CAAGGGAGAGAUCAGGGCGGUUCCUUUGAACCAACUGACUUUCCCUGUCUCUCCUUGCUCAGGACUCCUGAAGUGCAGCCAGGGAGCUGGUGAGAGCAUCUGGGGAGCCCGGGGGACCAGCAGGAGAUCUCCCAAGCAAGGCCACAUGGAGAACGAGACCUUGGCCUUUGGACCCCCUCUGGGCAACAGCAGGGUCAACCAGACCCUAGGGAAGAUGCCCCAGCACCCUCUGGAGCUGCAGGUGGUGACCAUCCUGCUGGUGCUGCUGAUCUGUGGGGUGGGCAUCGCGGGGAACAUCAUGGUGGUACUGGUGGUGCUGCGCACCAAGCACAUGGUGACCCCCACCAACUGCUACCUGGUGAGCCUGGCCGUGGCAGACCUGAUUGUGCUGCUGGCCGCAGGGCUGCCCAACAUAUCGGAGGUGGUGGCCUCCUGGGUGUACGGCUACGCCGGCUGCCUGUGCAUCACCUACCUGCAGUACCUGGGCAUCAACAUCUCAGCAUGCUCCAUCACCGCCUUCACGGUGGAGCGCUACAUCGCCAUCUGCCACUCCAUCAAAGCGCAGCUGCUCUGCACCGUGGCCCGGGCCAAGCGCAUCAUUGCUUGUGUCUGGCUCUUCACCUCCCUCUACUGCAUGAUGUGGUUCUUCCUGGUGGACACUGCCCAGGCGACCUUCUCAGACGGGGUGCAGGUCAGCUGUGGCUACAGGGUCUCCAGGAACCUAUACCUGCCCAUCUAUUUUCUGGACUUCACUGUCUUCUAUGUCAUCCCACUGGGGCUGGCCACUGUCCUGUAUGGCCUCAUUGCCCGCAUCCUCUUCAUGAGCCCCCUGCCUGCCAGCCCCCAGGACUCCGGCAGGCUCAGCUUCAUGCACCAGGGCAAGCCGCCCAGCUCCAGCUCAAUGAAGCUCUCCUGCCAGGGCAACAAUGGGGCUCUGAGCUCCAGGAAACAGGUGAUCAAGAUGUUGGCUGUGGUAGUGAUCCUCUUUGCCCUGCUGUGGAUGCCAUAUCGCACAUUGGUGGUAGUGAACUCCUUCCUGGACCCUCCGUACCUCAACAUCUGGUUCCUCCUCUUCUGUAGGAUGUGCAUUUACCUGAAUAGUGCCAUCAAUCCCAUCAUUUACAACCUGAUGUCUCAGAAAUUUAGAGCAGCUUUCAAAAAGUUAUGCAGAUGUGAACAGAAAAGGACUGAGAACCCCACCCCGUACAAUGUUCCGGUGUACUAUAGCGUCAUGAAGGACUAUUCCCAUGACAGCUCCGAUCAUGAUGUCACAGAACAAGAAGAUCUAAAUGGUUUCUCCGCAACAGUGAAGAAAAGUAAACUUUACAGAUAAACACGGUGACCAUGAAACAACAUAGACUUUGGGAAGUACGUGGUUGUAUUUUACACUGUCUGGAACGUCCUAUUGAAAAUUGUUUCUGCCAUAUGCGGAGAGCACACAACAAAAUUAAUUUAAGAGCUCUCUAGGGCAUUUAACAAAAUAGAUUCGUAGAGGGCAAAUUAAUUUUCUUUUCCUGAAUGCUAAUUUAUUCACAAUUAGAUUGUGUGUUAGACUUUUGGCAGCAUUUUGCAUGGUCUGUAGUUAAUGUGGUGGUGCAUUUACAUUGCCUGUUAUGCACAAAUAUUUUUAUUUGUGGGGCCUAGUCAGGGUUUGCAUAGGAAACCUAAGAAAAUCCAGGUGCUGCAGGAGGUUGUACAGUGUCUUCAGUAGGAUAUCUUUUCUCUGAACCAAUGCCUCCCAAACAGUAGUAAGGGGCACUGUAUUGCUGAAGUGUCAUCUUUCUGGGGGGACAUAGAACCAAGACCCAGGCCACUUGAAGUCAUUUAAUGAAGAUCUCAUAGGGCUUUCAAUAAUAGGAGAGGUGUCAGCUCCAUUGUCCUGGACAAAUUCCAAUUUGGAAAAUUUUAUUCUUCCUACUUAAAGUCUCUCCAGCAUCUACAAUUGCAUACAGUACUCUUCCUUUUCUGUUCUGCUGUAACUUAUAGUGUGAUGUUGCUGUGUACUGUUGAACAGCUGCCACACGCUAUCCCAGAGGUGGCUGCAUUUCAGUGGCAAGCAAAAUGAUUGUGUUAGAUACCUUAAAUAAUUUGUAAAAGUUGUAAAGUGUCAUGGGGCCCUUUGUGAUGAAUGGUCCUAUGUAAAUGUGUAAUAUUAUUGUUUCUAAUUGUGGUUACACUCUAAGAAGAGAAAUGGAUAUUCAGAAUUGUACAGUUCAAUGAAACCAUCCAGUGGAGCAUGUCCCAUAACUGCAAGUUAUUAUUUGGACUAGAUCAAAAGCAUAGAAGAUUGCACAUGGUUAAAAGGAACAUUCUGAAUCCUGGGAAUUCCUAGGGAAGAUUUUGCUCCAUAAAACAAAUGGCAGCCAUUGGUAAUCCUGGUGAGCGACAGAGACUUUCUGUGAGACUCUCACCAUACAUUGGAGAUUCUUUCGUCACUGUGUGGCAUCUUACAGCUCCAUAUCCUCAAAUUAGAAAGGGACUGUACAGUAUGUCUAGAGCACAAAUGUGCAGCUAUCCAGCUGUACACCUACAGAAGAGAACUGUUCUGAGAACCGAACCUGCACUUCAUUCUGACCUAUCUGAGGACUAUACAGCAUAUAUUUGGUUUUGGUGUGAUAUGUGGCUCUAUGUGUGUGUAUAUAUAUUAUACUGUCUUUUAUUUAACUAUCUGGUCCAAAAUAAUUUUAAGGCAAAGAAAAUGUUUAAAAAAUGCAAAUUGUUGUUUCAGAUGCAUACUAUAGGAAUGUUCGGGAAUUUAUGAACAGAUGUGCUUCAUGUGCUAACAGCUGGCCUGUCAUUAAUGUAUGUGAGUCUUUAGGAACCAACUAUUGUGAUUAUCACUGGGAGUUCUGCUCACUGAUUUUAAAUCACAGCUUCAAUUGGAUUCUACAAAGAGAACUGGAUAGAAUUACCAGGGCUACAGCAUUGGAAAAUUGUACCAAAGGAGCAAGUAAAAGACACAGCUUACAGGACACAAUUUUUCUUCUAUCUUAAUAUUUGGUGGCACUAAGUAGAGGUUACUAAUAAGAUUAACAUGCAGCUCAGAGCAGAACAGCUGCCACCACACAAAAUCAUCAAGUGUAAAGGUCUCAAAAACAGUGGUAGGCACACGCAAGGUAUAAUAGAAACUUGGAAAGCUGCUGUAUACAUCAAAAUGUGCCAUGAUUAAUGACCUCACAUUGAAAGUAGCCCAAGUGCCACUCCAGAAAUUCAAGACACAAUAAUUCCAGCUGGUUUCCUAUUCUAUAAUGAGACAAUCUGGCAUGAAACUCUGCAGGUAAACAAGUUUCAUUUGUAUGUAUGAUCAUGGUGAAUAGGGAAGUAUUGUGAUUAUAGCUAUUUAUUUGUAUUACAGUAGCAUCUAAGGCCCUUGAUACAGAUCAGGGCCCCUCUACAUUCAUACAUGUAAUGAACAGACCGUCACUGUCCCAAAGAGCUUUCCGCGCCUAGCUAUGUUAUAUAGAGUAUACUGAAGUGUGUACCAGGGAUGAUAGAGAGGGGGUCCCCAGGUACUUAGCGAAUGGAUACCUUAGACAUUAAUAAAUACACGGAAGAACUGUGCAUAAUGAAAGACCAGUACAAGCCUUCACUGGCUGAGCUGGGGUUUGCUUGAAAAUUUGUUUAGAAUGUUUGCUAUGUCAAAUCCUGUAUUUCUAUACAGCAAAAGAGCACUAUUGACCUGGAUGGGACUUUUCAGCCUUUCCCCUACCCCAGCCACCUCUUUUAAUUGAUAAAAAGCAGAUAUAAUCUAGAGAUGAAUUCAAACCAAACUCCUGAAUUCAAACACUACUGAAAUCUUAGCCCUGAUCUGCAUCCUAAUCUUAUGGCUGGUCCAUAUAUCUAUAACAAGCCAAACGAUACAGCAGAUCCACCUCUCAUGGGAUUCAAUGCCUGCUACUGAAUUUUCAAUUCUGUGUAACCUCGGGUCUUAUUCUCCCAUUUGUGGCUGAUCCACAAACUAGAAUGAUCCUGGUGCCUGGCAGAAUGGACAUAGAGAACAAUUGCAGUUUAGCAGGAUAGGAGGUAGGUAUAUACAGUAGUUUCAAUUUGUGAGAGCAAUAAACCCAAAUAUUAAUAGGUCUCCAGUCCUAAUGAGCCAAUAGGUUCCAAUGGACAUAUUCAGCAUCAAAAUGAUAGCAACUGCAUCUACAUUCAGUAACUAGUGGGCCAUUCAUCCACUGGUUUGUGAUGUUAUUUCCCCCCUGGCAUGGGGUAUAAUACCCCCAGAAAUACCCUCGUAACAAAUUGCUUGGUGCCAGUGAGGCGGUGGAUGGAGUUUGAUGAACAAGAAGCAGUACACACAUUAUCAGAAUAAGUUUGGGAUUGUUGACCAGCUGUAGUUAGGCAUUUUACCUGACAUUGGUGGACAUGAUGAGUGAAAUCUAGAUCACAGUGACCCUUGUUAACAACCCACAGAGGCGAUGCUUAAGGUAUUAAGGUAGUGACGUUAAACAGGUUUAUACCCCAAACUGGAUCAGCUCUGCCAAUUUCAAUAAUAAAGCAGAAUUAUCAGUAACUUCCUCUGCCUCCUCUCAAGACCUCAAAGAAGUGCUUGAACCCAAUAGGUGGGCAGUGGGCAUCGGAUGUAGGUUAAACUCGACUUAGACAGAAAUGGCUGAUACACACCAAGAAAGGAGCCUGAAAAUUCAGAUAUCUAGCUAGCCUUUAGAAACACAUUAGUUUCCUUUUGAGCUACUACAAUCCAUCGGUGAUCUUCCUGAAAACACCAUCCUAGCCACUAUGAAUGUAGAAGCCCUCUACACCAACAUUCCACACAAAGAUGGACUACAAGCCAUCAGGAACAGUAUCCCCAAUAAUGUCACGGCAAACCUGGUGGCUGAACUUUGUGACUUUGUCCUCACCCAUAACUAUUUCACAUUUGGGGACAAUGUAUACCUUCAAAUCAGCGGCACUGCUAUGGGUACCCGCAUGGCCCCACAGUAUGCCAACAUUUUUAUGGCAGACUUAGAACAAUGCUUCCUCAGCUCUCGUCUCCUAAUGCCCCUACUCUGCUUACACUACAUUGGUGACAUCUUCAUCAUCUGGACCCAUGGAAAAGAAGUCCUUUAGGAAUUCCACCAUGAUUUCAACAACUUCCAUCCCAUCAUCAACCUCAGCCUGGACCAGUCCACACAAGAGAUCCACUUCCUGGACACUACAGUGCUAAUAAGCAAUGGUCACAUAAACACCACCCUAUACCAGAAACCUACUGAUCACUAUGCCUACCUACAUGUCUCCAGCUUUCAUCCAGACCACACCACACGAUCCAUUGUCUACAGCCAAGCUCUACGAUACAGCCGCAUUUGCUCCAACCCCUCAGACAGAGAUAAACACCUACAAGAUCUCUAUCAAGCGUUCUUACAACUAUAGUACUCACCUGCUGAAGUGAAGAAACAGAUUGACAGAGCCAGAAGUUACCUACUACAGGACAGGUCCAACAAAGAAAAUAACAGAAUGCCACUAGCCAUCACCUUCAGCCCCCAACUAAAACCUCUCCAAUGCGUCAUCAAGGAUCUACAACCUACCUGAAGAAUGACCCAUCACUCUCACAGAUCUUGGGAGACAGGCCAGUCCUUGCUUACAGACAGCCCCCCCAAUCUGAAGCAAAUACUCACCAGCAACCACACACCACACAACAGAACCACUAACCCAGGAACCUAUCCUUGCAACAAAGCCCGUUGCCAACUAUGUCCACAUAUCUAUUCAGGGGACACCAUCAUAGGGCCUAAUCACAUCAGCCACACUAUCAAAGGCUCGUUCACCUGCACAUCUACCAAUGUGAUAUAUGCCAUCAUGUGCCAGCAAUGCCCCCUGCCAUGUACAUUGACCAAACUGGACAGUCUAUAUGUAAAAGAAUAAAUGGACACAAAUCAGACGUCAAGAAUUAUAACAUUCAAAAAACAGUCGGAGAACACUUCAAUCUCUCUGGUCACUCGAUUACAGACCUAAAAGUGGCAAUUCUUCAACAAAAAAACUUCAAAAACAGACUCCAAGGAGAGACUGCUGAAUUGGAAUGAAUUUGCAAACUGGAUACAAUUAACUUAGGCUUGAAUAAAGACUGGGAGUGGAUGGGUCAUUACACAAAGUAAAACUAUUUCUCCAUGUUUAUUUCCCCCCCACCCCUACUGUUCCUCAUAUGUUCUUGUCAAGUGCUGGAAAUGGCUCACUUUGAUUAUCACUACAAAAGGCUUUUUUUCUCUCCUGCUAGUGAUAGCUCACCUUACCUAAUCACUCUUGUUACAGUGUGUAUGGUAACACCCAUUGUUUCAUGUUCUCUGUGUAUAUAAAUCUCCCCACUGUAUUUUCCACUGAAUGCAUCCGAUGAAGUGAGCUGUAGCUCACGAAAGCUUAUGCUCAAAUAAAUUUGUUAGUCUCUAAGGUGCCACAAGUCCUCCUUUUCUUUUUGCGGAUACAGACUAACACGGCUGCUACUCUGAAACCUUUUGAGCUCAGACUCUGAGCCUUCCAGUUCUGUAUGAAUAAGUAAUGGUAACUUCUAACAAGUCUCUGUGAAUGUAACAAUUUUGUUUCAGGUUUUAUUUAUUUACCAUUUCCUUUUGAUGAUCAUCAGAAUGCUCAUCAGAUACUAGAAUCCCUGGGAAAUGAGACUUGGUGGGCCAGCUUGUAUCAAUCAGCAUAGCUCCAAUUGAGAUUGACAGAGCUAUGCUGAGUUACUAAAGAUCUGGCCUUAGAUUGAAUCAUAUACCUCAGUAAUUAGCAGAAAAUAGUGAUAAGGAUCAAAUACACACCAUCUUAAUCAGAGCAGAUGUUACACAGGAAUCAUAAUUCCCAGGAUGGGACUGAAGUAUUAGAACUCUAUACAAAGAAUUUUGCCCCUUGGCCACUCAUUUUAGAAUAGCCAGUGCUCCUUCCUUGAACCCUCUUAAAUUACAAUGGCCUACGCAUUUAGGUCACCAAAGUCUAGGGGCUAUCUUGAACUUGAAACUGCAUGGCUCACAUAAAUUCUUUACAAACAUUGCUAGCCCCAAUCAAUAUCCUGCGUCUAUUAAAUCCUGUUUCCAGUCAAUCUCAUUUCAGCCAAGAAUUUCUUUCAAUUACUGCUGGGUUUAUCUUAUUUUAAACAAUUCCUUAUUCUGAAUUGUUUAGAGGGAAAUUGUUGAUGAUUGAGAAGCACGGAUUGCAUCUGGUGUGUUACUGACUUAGCCAGUUCUCUUAGGACCUUUUACAAAUGUCUACUCAAUCGGAUUACACUGAGUGCACUACUUCAAAGUACUGGGAGACUAUAUUGGAAGUAGCAUAGUAUAUCAUGUACAGGUGUAUGAAGACUGGAGAACAGAACUUCUGCCAACAUUUAUUAGAAUACCACUGUCUCUUCUCUGAAUGAAGGAGAGCUUCUAGGGGCACAACUGGACUUAUCUAUCCCCUUAGGUGUUUCAGUGAACCAGGGAUCCAGCUUUUACUAGACAAAAUGAUUCAACUUCCUUCUGUUUUCUGUAGCUUAAUUCCCAGGCUGAGGUAGAUUGCCACAGCUCAGACAUCCCUCAUAGGUGAGUGCUGUCUGUUAAAGGUCUCUCAUUGGUCACCCAGCCAAGCUACAGCCCGCAAUCUACAGUUAACAAACCAACGUGAUUAGGAAGGGACAUGCAGUUGAGGAUGGAGGGAGGAAGAACUAAGGGAAGUUGGAGAGAAGCUACUGAACUAGAUGAACCAGGGGACUGAUCCAGUUUGGCAAUGUCUCCCUUACAGUAAAAUGAACACAUGGUAACUGCUGUGACCCAAGAACCCCUUACUGCCAACCGGCAAGGGGGUUACAGGAAUAUCUUGAUUCUGGGAUGUACAUUCUGGUUCACCAAAGAACAUUAUGUGAAGUCUUAAAUGAAAGCUGGGGUCACUCUGUUCAGUCAUAUCAUUGUGAAAUGUAUAUACCAAUACUGUGUAAGGAAUUAUCUUUACCUCUGGGCAAUAUGGUUUUAAAGUCUAUGUCAAGGCAGGGGUGACAAUCAGGUUGUCCUCCAAAAAGGAGGUAAGAAAUGUGUAAAAUAUAAAUUAAGCAUAGUAAGCUCACACAAUGGAUGUCAGUUUACAUACAAAGUCAGAAGUUAGCAAAGAGAUGUGAAGUCAACAGUGAAGGAGCACCCAGGAAAAACAAACCACAGGUGGUUGUCCUGGUUGUGUGCAAAACUAAUAAGGUUUGGGGAUAUAUCUAUGACGCAAAGAAGACACCCCAUCAUCCCACAUCUGGGAAGUAAACAGGAAGUGCAUUUACAGUUAUGAAAACAGGAUCUUAGCCAACCUGGACUGAAAAGCUGCAGAAAAAAGAUAGUGAGUCUGUGAGAAAAAAACUUUAGACAGGAGGUUAAGUUUUGUCUCUAGAAAGUGUGUUAUG